AUAGAAUACAAGUUGGGUUUCGAAACAGACAAAAAAGACAAAAAAAACCAAGAUAAAACCAUGGGGGAGAAAAACACCACCACGUGACACUCGAAACGCGUCAUUUCGUCAUAUCCAUCUCUUUCCCGACCACCAUCACCACCCACGGGCCGCCGUCGAAUGGACACUGACCUGAAGUGCAACCGACUGACCUGUCGUAAAUCGCUCACGGACAAAGCUGUUGUGACCACAUGCUCUCACAUCUUCUGCGUGGAAUGUGCAAAUGAGUUAUUCAACGCGGCGCGUUUAUGCCCAGCAUGUGAAGCGACCCUGACUGAACCGGACGACGUCGUGGUCUGCUCCCUGCACCCAUCGAAUGACUACAAAACGUCUGUCCUAUCGGGUUUAACGCCAUCGAUUAUUCUCGAGAUCUGUUCUCGUGCGAUAUCUUUCUGGCAGUACCAGAUAUAUCAAGAAAGCUCCUUCCAACAAGCAGUCGUACGAAAUCUCACGGACAAGAAUACUCAAAUUCAAAAGCAACUUGAUAGCGUCGUUAGAGAAGCCAAUAGCGAGAUUUCGUUAUUGAAGAACAAGAUUGCCGAACUAGAGCGUGAUGUGGAAUUGGAGCGACGAAAAGUGCGAGAGCUACAAGAGGCAUCGAGGGAUCGAGAUCGAGAAUACCAGAAGUUGAAGGCGCAACAUGACAAGAUGAAACGCAAAGUUCUUCUGGCCCCAAAUCUGACUGGGCAGCAGCCGUCAGGGAGUGAAUCGGUUAACCCGAGUAGUUCUUCUUUUCCAGGACAAGGUGAGCCGAAAGCUCGACAGCCGCUGAGGGCAUUCGGUGUUGGGGCUGUGGUGGAUGGUAUGGAAGCGAAUGGGGUAUGAAUUCUCCCAUAUUUGUUCUCCGCCACUGUACACUAUUCAUAGAUCCAGAGGACCCCACUCGUUAACCGCGGCGCACAAGGUGGAGGGUUUGUACGGAACGGGAACGAUGGCUGGGUGCAGCCAGGUGGGGCGGGUCAACGAAUGUCACACCGUCAGCCGCUCCCUGUUGCGCAUGCACAGCAAUAUCGACAAACCUCUGGGAGUGUUUCUGAGCGGUCAGAUGGGAGCAGUUUGUAUGAGGUGGAGAAUUUGUUGGGUAUGAGUGGA